AUGUCAGCUGGCGACAAGAGCGGGGGCAGCCACUCCAGCAGCAGCCGCUUGCAGAGCAAGAAGCCCCCCAACCUCUCCAUCAUCAUCCCCCCCCGGGAGGCGGAAGAGGAUGGCGCCCGCAAGGAGGUGAGCGACGGGGAGCUGCAGACACCCCAACCCAAAUCACCUGCCGGAGGGGAUGCCCGGGUGGGAUGGUGGUACCCAGGGUGGGGGAGCCAGCUGGGUGACAAGCAUGCCCAUCGUGUGUCCAGGGGCACGGCGCAAUGGUUUGGCGUCAGCAGCGACUGGGAGGGGAAGCGCCAGCAGUGGCAACGCAAGAGCUUGCAGCACUGCAGCAUGAGAUACGGCAAGCUGAAGCCUGCCUACCGCGACAUGGAGCUGCCCAGCCAGGAGGUGCCUUCCUUCCAAGGCACCGAGUCACCCAAGCCCGCCAAGAUGCCCAAGAUCGUGGACCCGCUGGCCAGGGGCCGUCCCUUCCGCCAUCCUGACGAGCCCGACCGUCCCCACACACCCCACCACGUCCUGCCCCCGCUCACCCCCGGUGUCGUCUCCUUGGCAUCCUUCAACAGCAUCCGCUCUGGCUAUGGCCGCCUGCCACGCAGGAAGAGGGAAUCUGUCGCCCACAUGAGCUUCAAGGCAGCUGCAGCCCUUCUUCGUGGACGCUCUGCCCUGGAGCCACUGGCUCCCAAGUGGAGGAGCAACAAGAGGAGCUUCAUGUACCCCAGCUUCAUGGACGAGGACAUGGUGGAUGCUGCUGAUACCCUGGACUCAUCCUUCUUCAGUAAGAUGGACAUGCACGAUGAGACAUACUCCAUGCCUGAUGAUGUCUUCGAGUCGCCGCCUCUAUCGGCCACAUAUUUACGCAUGCACCCGGUGGGGGAGGAUGCCAAGGCGUCCCCCGAGGCGGAGCAGCCCACCCCGCGGGAGGAUGUCCGGCUCGCUUCGGCCGGUGCUGGCCCAGCUCCCCGGCGAGGCAGGCGCAUUGCUUCCAAAGUGAAGCACUUCGCCUUCGACCGCAAGAAACGCUACUAUGGUCUGGGGGUGGUGGGGAAGUGGCUGAACAGGACGUAUCGCCGCAGCCUGAGCAGCAUCGUGGAGUCGCAGCUGGAGAUCACCGACAGCCACCGACCAUAUUUCACAUACUGGAUCACCUUUGUCCACAUCCUCAUCACCUUGCUGGUCAUCGGCACCUAUGGCAUUGCCCCCAUCGGCUUCGCUCAGCACGUGACAAGAGAGUUAGUGCUGAGGAACAAGGGCGUCUAUGAGAGUGUCAAGUACAUCCAGCAGGAAAACUUCUGGAUCGGGCCCAGCUCGAUCGACCUGAUCCACCUGGGAGCCAAGUUCUCCCCCUGCAUCCGGAAGGAUCAGCAGGUGGAGCAGCUCAUCCAGCGUGAGCGGGACCGGGAACGUGGCUCCGGCUGCUGUGUCCAGAAUGAUAACUCGGGCUGCAUCCAGACCCUGCCACAGGACUGUUCGGAGACACUGGCAACGUUCAUCAAGUGGCCAGGCAGCAACGCGCCGGCCAUGGGCUCCUCGGGUGAGAAGCGGAUGUCGGGGGCUGUGUGUCACCAGGACCCCAG